ACUUGCUGCCUGAGGUCUUUGUGAGGCAGACAGGAAUGCUGGCGCUCCACAUUCGCCUCAGAGGGUGUGUAGGGAGCACUUCCUCAGCCUCAGCCUCUGCAGCCACUCGCACCACAGAAAAAGGGCACAUUGUUGGAGUGAGGAAGGUACAGGUCAUUCUCCAGGGAGAUGGCAGCGAAGAUAUCCAAAGACGAGCUGGAGGAGCUGCGUGAAGCCUUUGAGAAAGUCGAUUUGGACAGUAAUGGCUACAUUAAUGACUACGAGCUCCAUGACCUUUUCAAAGAGGCCAACCUGCCCCUUCCUGGGUACAAAGUCCGUGAGAUCAUCCAGAAGCUGAUGACCGAGGGGGACAAAGACAAGGAUAACAAGAUCAGCUUUGAGGAAUUUGUUUCGAUCUUCCAGGAGCUCAAAAGUAGUGAUAUUGCAAAGACCUUCCGCAAUGCUAUCAACAAGAAAGAGGGCAUCCUGGCCAUCGGCGGCACGUCAGAACUGUCCAGUGCAGGCACGCAGCACUCCUACUCAGAGGAGGAGCGGUUUGCUUUUGCGAACUGGAUCAACUCUGCAUUGAAGAAUGACCCAGACUGCAAACACGUGCUUCCCAUGAACCCCAACAACAACGACCUCUUUAAGGCUGUCGGAGACGGUGUCGUGCUGUGUAAAAUGAUCAACCUGUCUGUCCCUGAUACAAUUGACGAGAGGACAAUAAACAAGAAGAAACUGACGCCGUUCACAAUCCAGGAGAACCUUAACCUGGCGCUGAACUCCGCCUCAGCCAUCGGCUGCCACGUGGUGAACAUCGGCGCUCUGGAUCUGCGUGAAGGAAAGCCGCAUCUGGUGAUGGGCCUGCUGUGGCAGAUCAUCAAGAUUGGCUUGUUCGCAGACAUCGAGCUCAGCCGGAAUGAGGCUCUGGCAGCAUUGCUCCGGGAAGGUGAGACCCUGGAGGAUCUGAUGAAACUUUCCCCAGAGGAGUUACUCCUUCGAUGGGCAAACUUCCAUCUCCAUAAUGCUGGAUGGCAGAAAAUCAACAACUUCAGCUCUGAUAUUAAGGACUCCAGGGCUUAUUUCCACCUCCUAAACCAAAUUGCACCCAAAGGCACUAAAGAAGGCGAGGAACGCAUUGACAUCAGCAUGGCGGGAUUCAAUGAGAAAGACGACUUGAAGAGAGCAGAGGCUAUGCUGCAGCAGGCUGACAGACUUGGCUGCAGACAGUUUGUCACAUCCACCGACGUGGUGUCUGGAAACCCCAAGCUUAACCUGGCGUUUGUAGCCAACCUCUUUAACAAGUAUCCAGCACUGACCAAACCCGAGAACCAGGACAUCGACUGGGGCCUACUGGAGGGUGAAACCAGAGAGGAGAGGACUUUCCGAAACUGGAUGAAUUCCCUGGGUGUGAACCCUCAUGUCAACCACCUAUAUGGUGAUCUGCAAGAUGCCCUGGUAAUUCUGCAGCUUUAUGAGAAGAUCAAGGUCCGUGUCGACUGGAACAAUAAAGUCAACAAGCCUCCGUACCCAAAGAUCGGGUCCAACAUGAAGAAGCUGGAGAACUGUAACUAUGCUGUGGAUCUGGGCAAAACUGCAGCCAAAUUUUCACUGGUGGGCAUUGGAGGCCAAGAUCUAAAUGAUGGGAACCCCACCCUGACCCUGGCUCUGGUCUGGCAGUUAAUGAGGAGAUAUACUCUAAAUGUCCUUGAGGACCUGGGAGACGGUGAGAAGGUUAAUGAUGACAUCAUUGUCAACUGGGUUAAUAAAACUCUGGCAGAAGCAGGAAAGAAGUCAAAAAUUUCAAGCUUUAAGGACAAAGAGAUCAGCUCUAGCUUGCCAGUGUUGGACCUUAUAGAUGCAAUCCAGCCAGGCUGCAUCAACUAUGAGCUAGUGAAAACUGGUAGCAUGGCAGAGAGUGACAAGCUGGACAAUGCUAAAUAUGCUGUAUCCAUGGCCAGGAAGAUCGGUGCACGUGUGUACGCACUACCUGAUGACCUGGUGGAGGUUAAACCCAAAAUGGUCAUGACUGUGUUCGCUUGCCUGAUGGGUCGAGGAAUGAAGAGGGCAUAAGAAAUUAAACAGACAAACAAACAAAGAAAAAAUGCAAGGACGCUACGGCCAACCAAAUGCCGACGUCUGACCCACAAGCCAUUUGCUGGAUGAAAGGCUUCAGGUUGAAUAAAGUAGCCAUAACAAUUGCAAAAAAAGAAAACUCAAUUAGCAACAGAUGUUUAAUGAAUUAUGUCUAAGUCUGGCAGGACUGGGGUUGUAUUUGUAAAUGGGAACGGGUGAUUUUAACUAAGGGAGGGUGGGAUAUUUUUUUUUUUUUUUCUUUUUUUUUUCUCCUAGACCAGAUUUAAGGUUCCAACAGAUCUGCGACUGGUACAUGCCUUUCUACUUUAAUCAUGCAAGAUGACCAAAACAUAUCUGUGAUGGAACCUAAGCCAUGUCGGACUGUGCCAUGUGUAUUUUGUUUGCGUGUUUGAUUAUUGUGGAGUGAGUGGUGAUGUUUUAAAAAUGUUCAUCUUGAAUCUGACUGCUCCACAACGUUGUGUGUGACAAUAUGGACAAGGCCUUAAACUCAUGCAGAAUUGCCUCUAUGCAGUACUUAAUUCUGUGGCCUCUUUAUAAGUCAUCUUAUGAGAUGCUUAUUUUCCUAGCGUUUUAUACAUAAGUAGAGUUUAUGGUAAAGCAGUUAGAACUACAUAAACAUCAUUUGCAGGCAGAAGCUUUAACACAUUCCAUAGUUAUGAUCUCAUUUUACUAUGCGUCUUAUGUACAUGUAUAUGCAAGUGUGCUUUUUACAUCGAGGACGAUCCAAGCAAAGAGAACUAUGCAUGAACAGUCUUUUUUUUUAAUCUGUUAUUUACAGCAAUACACUCCUGGGAAUUUGAUAAAAGCUUUAAAAAUUAACAAAUGUUGUGCAGACAGUAAAAAGGAAAAUAAAUAGGAGCAUAAUAUGGUAAACGAGGUUCAGUUUGAACUUGUCUUUGUGGAUUGCCUGUAAUGUUAAUGUUGGGGAGAUAAAACUGGAACUGCCUGGAUUUAUUGGAGCAUGUUGACUGGAUGAAUGAUUAAGACCAAAACAUUGUAAACAUUUCUUGCAACUUGACCAUCUGUGUACUGAAAAAUAAACCAGUUCAUAAAAUUUU